AUGUGGUCUGACUCUGUUGGUUUGAUUGGAGUCCCCGACUCCAUUAUUCUUGUUGUUGUUGCUAUUGUUAUUUUUGUGUCUGACUUGAGUUAUGAGGAUUGUCCAUCAGGUAGUUUGUCAUUUGGUUGUCUUGUUGAAUGUACAGGUCCAGGGGCUAAUGCAGGUGAAGGGGCUUAUCCCCAUCAAGUUGAAGCUGCAACUGUUGCAAAAGUGUGCUUAACAGCAGCAGUAAAAGCUGAACCUAAAUCUGGGGCACUAUGGGUGAAUCUUGCUAAUGCAUAUUAUGUAGCUGGUGAUCAUAGGAAUGCAAAAAAGUGCUUGGAGCAGGCAGCAAAAUUGGAGCCUAAUGAAAUGUCUGCUUGAUAUGCUAUAGCAGUUCAUCGAAUUGAAGAUGCUGAAUGGUCACAAGAUCCUACAGAGCUGCUUUCCUGGGCUGCAGAUGAAAUGGCAUCGAUUCUAAAAGAAGGGGACCCUGCAAUAAUUGAUCUUCCGAUAGCAUGUGCAGGGUUGGCAAUGGCUCACAGAGCUCAAUAUGAAAUUGCAGCAGCUUUUGAAACUGAGCAGAGGGGUUUGGUGGAGGUAGAAGAGCGAGCUCUGUAUACGUUAAAGCAGGCAAUCGAGGAGGAUCCAGAUGAUGCAGUGCAAUGGCAUCAACUUGGUCUUCACAGCCUUUGUACCAUGCAGUUCAAGAUGUCAGUUAAGUUUCUUAAGGCUGCAGUAGCCCGAUGCAGUGAAUUCAGUUAUGCAUGGUCCAAUCUUGGUAUUGCAUUGCAGUUAUCCGAUGAUCCAUCUUCAGCUGAGGCAGUAUACAAGCGGGCACUCUCACAUGCUACGACCCAACAGGCCCGUGCCAUCCUUUCUAACCUUGGAAACCUGUACCAUCAGCAGAAGAGGUUUGAACAUGCAGAGGCAAUAUUUGCAAAGUCUCUAGAACUGUGCCCAGGAUAUGCACCAGCACACAACAACCUUGGGCUUGUUUUUGUGGCAGAGGGCAGGUGGGAGGAAGCUAGAAGUUCUUUUGAGAAGGCUUUGCUGUCAGACCCAUUGCUUGAUGCUGCCAAAUCCAACAUGAUGAAAGCAGUGGCCAUGUCUAGGAUAGGUGGAACCAUAUAAGCGACUUAUUCACAAUGGAGUGAACUUGUGGUCAAGGCUAGCUCUUUUUUCAGCCCGACAGAGAUCAAAACCAGAACCGGAGAUCUUUAUUUCUGCUCUGUUGAAUAUGAAGCUUUUGUCCUGUGGCAGCCUCUUUCUUCAAAUCCUUCUAAUCUAUAUCAGGCUCUUUUGAUCUCCUUCCUUGACCUCAGAGAGUCCCUUCUUAUGAACCAUUUGCUUCAGUGGUCAAGGUGUGACUAGAGACUGCAACAACAGAUUGCUUCCAUGUUAAUUUUGGGCAUACAGAGACCUGCCCAACAGAAAAGGCAAUGGCUUCAUGCAAUCAGUUGUACAUAUUGGAUAGGAUGGGAAUAUUAGAUUUGACACUUUGUACAUGCUGAGCUCUGAAGGUACACAAGUAGUAUUCUGAUCUCCAAAGCUUAAGUAGCAUGGUCUCUUUAAAUGGCCAAGGGGUGGAAUCCCCAAAAGAUACUCUCUACUUGUAUAUAUGUGGAGAGAACAAGGCCAUUUCGAUAUGCUGUGCUUCUAGCAUUUGUAUCAUAUUUGUUUUGAAGAACCGUUACCCAUUAUCAUGAUUGGAAAUUUGCUAGUAGGUGACUAGAUUACCCUUGAA